UGCGCGAGGCCCCCGUGGCGGCGCUCCAAGAUGGCCUCAGAGGCGGGCCGCUAGCACACCCCUCCGCGUAAUCACCCUCGGAAACCCUCCAAAAAUCAAUGUUAUCUCCCCGAAGUCUCCCUGCAGAGCCGCCACGCACGCCCCGACCCCUGCGACCGGCGGGAAGGGAGCCGCAGCAGCCUAGAAGCGUGUUUGGACUCCUUGUUUACAUUGGUCCUGGUGAUCCUUCUCCUCCUCGACGUGUGUUUGUCCUUCCUCGAGUGUGAGUGUGAGCGUUUGUGACCUCCUCCCGAGGGCGACAUGUGAGGCUCCGGCAGGCCCUCGAGUCCUGCCACACGGGAUUUACUCUCCUCGUCAGCGUCCCCUUCAGAGUCAGCCUCUCCAGCAUCUUCAGCAAAGGGUUUUUAAGGAAGCGUGAGGACGAAGAUGGCCGGGCCAAGGUGGCUGGCCAGGUAGCGGCGGGAUGUCACUGGUGGUUCACAAGUUGGUGCUAAGUCCAGGAGGGGCCACCGCCACCACCGCCCAGCCUACCACCGCCCACCAUGUCACUUUAUCCGCCUACACCCACGCUCGGUCAAAUGCAACAGACAGUAUGGGCCGUGUGCUGGAUGGUCCACCAAGUGGUUCCAUGAGCACUCCACCUGCCUCCUCCUCCCCAUAUUCCUCCUCCUCCUCAAACUCUUCCUCCUCCUCCUCCAAACACAGCUCCACCUACAACCUCCCCUUCGUCCUACAAGAUCACAACUAUGGCGCCCCUCCUCCACCAACACCCCCCCACUCCCCACCUCCCCUGCCCAGCACCUCCACCACCUCCUCCACCUCCUCUUCUUCUCAUGCCCCCUCUAAUACCUCCUCCUCAUCUGGCUCUACCUACCAACACCACCAACACCACUUCCAACAGCAACACCAUCAUCAGCCACAGCAGCAACACCAGUACCACCAUCAUCCCCACCACCAUCACCACCAAACAUACCAAUCUGCCUCCUUGGCCCCCUCCGCCUCCGCCUCUCCCUCCCCCGCCCCCUCCGCUUCUUCCUUCACCUCUCAUCACCACACAUCUUCCUCCCCCGCCACCACCCCUCAUCACCACCAACAUCACGUGCAUCACCACCCCACCACAACCUCCACUGCCACCAUCACCACCCCUCACCACCAUCACCACCUCCACCAUCACCAUCCUACCACCACAGCAAACCAACCCCAUCACCAUCACCCCCAUCAUCACCAACAACAACAACAACAACACCAGCAACACCAACAACACCACCACUCAAGCAACACAGCCACCACCACUCCGCACCUCCAGCAGAAACACCAUAACUUCAUACAACAUCCUGGCCCUUCACCUCGCCUUGGUAGCUCGUCCUCCGCCUCCGCCUCCUCCUCCACCCCUUCCUCCACCACCUCCUCUUCCUCCACCUCCAACACUUCCUCAUCUUCAGCCACCUCUUUUUCCUCCCCGUCUCUCUCAGUAGGGGGGGUGAUGGCGCACCACCCCCUCACCAACAUGCCCCCUCACAGACAACAGUUUAUGCCACACCCAAAGUCCAGCAUCGUUUUCCCCUCCCCACACAUCCCACCUCCCCCAGUGGAGCUCUCCCAACACCACCCACACCACCACCAGUCCUCGCCCUCCUCCACCACUGUGCCCCCACAACCCGUCCUCCCUUCCACGGAGACAGAUGACGACUCACGGCUAAGUGAUCGCAGCUCCUCGGUGGGUCCAUCAGGAGAGGAAACGGAGACGGCACCAGAGGGGGAAGGGGAUGACCUGCCGGCGGACGACUCCAUCACCCGCUGUGUGUGUGACUUCUCCCAUGAUGAUGGCUACAUGAUUCAGUGUGACCGAUGCUUUGUGUGGCAGCAUGUGGACUGCAUGGAGAUUGAUCGUGACAACAUCCCGGAUGAGUAUCUGUGUGAAGCCUGUGACCCGAGGCCUAUUGACCGCUUCAAGGCACGGGCCCUGCAGAUCCGACGGCGGCAGGAGAUCAAGGCACACUUGGCCAGGCUGUCAUCCUCCGACUCUGAGGACAACAUUCCUAUGUCCAACAAGAGCCGAGGCAGCCUGAACAAGGUGCAGGAGAGGAAGGUGGUCAAGAAGAAGAAGGUGAAGCAGAUAAAGGACAUGAAGAAUGGGCGGAAGGGCGGCGGCGGAGGCGGCAGUGGCCAGCUCUCCCUGCUGAAGAAGAGUGGCGGUGGCGGCAACACCACUGUCACUUUGUGCAAUAACAGUCUCCUGCCGGGCCAGGAGGACAAGGACCGCAGGAUGCUGGUCAAGAGGAGGAGGAAAAGCAACAGCCUGAGUGGUGGCGAGGGGGUGAGUGACGACUCUAGUGGUGGGCCGGUGGAGCGGCUACGGGCGUGGGUGGAGGGCUAUGAGGCAGCCGUCACCAACCACUACUCCCCUGAGCUGCGGGCGAGGGUCCAUGCCGCGCGGAUCAAUGGGGUCUCCCCUGACCUGCGGGCCUCCACCCAGGGGGCCGUGCUGGGCCAUCGCUGCCGGGUGGCCAACAACCCUCGGCCACUCUUUGAUGUGUUUGACAGCAAGAUCCUUGUGGCAGCCACCAGACUGUCACCCAACACAGCCAUAACAGAGUUCCAGGGCAAGUACCUGCUGGCCUCACAAUGGAAUGCCCAACAGCCUGUGAGCAGUCAGCCCUACAUGCCCUAUGUCCUACAGUACCACAUGCCCAAGGAGGGCCUCACCGUUUGUGUUGAUGCGCGGACUUAUGGCAACGAUGCCAGAUUUACCCGCCACUCUUGCACGCCCAACGCUGAGGUGCGACAUGUGGUAGAGCGUGGUUCCCUCCACCUGUACAUAGUGGCCACGCGGGAGAUAGAGGAGGGGGAGGAGGUGACGUUGGCCCUCGAGACUGCUAACUCCACCUUAGAGUUGGUCUGCUGCCUGGCCGAGGAGCAUGACUGCCAAGCACCCCCCGGCCCCCGGCCUGAACAGACUACACCAGCUCCAGCCCUCACCCACAAGAAGAACGGCCUCAUUGUUGGGAACAAGAAGACUAUAAAAAAGCAGCAACUGCAGCUACAACUGCGUACCAGCAAGAGGACAGCUUCAUCCGACACUAGACUAAUAGAGCCAGCAGUCACUACCCCGGUAACCCCCAGCACUCCCGUCACAACCGUCAAACAAAGGCGAGCUUCUGGCUGUGGCAAAUCCCCGGUGAAAUCCCCAAGCACGGCCUCACUCUCGAGUUCUCCUGAUGAAGUGAGCAAGGACAUCCCCACAAACACCCCAAGCUCCAGCACCCUCUCAACAGUGACAGGGACUGUGACCUCGGCUCCAGACACCCCUCGCACCACCCUUGACAAACAACAGCAGCAGAAGAUGACGCGAGAGGAGAGAAAGAUUGCUGCGUACAUGAAGGCCUUUGAACGCAUGGAGAAGGCUGCACAGAGGAGACAGGAGAUGGAGAAGAAAAAGGAGGAGGACAAGGGCAAGGAAGUGCGGGACCCCAAGGAGAAGGACAAGAAGCGCUGUGAUGGGGAUGAAGAGGACUGGGAGAAGACGAGCAGCGCUGACGAGUGUGUCCGUUCUAUGGGUGGCAGUGACCGCUGUCGCCGCAAGGGGAAAAAAGGCCGAGGGAAAGGCAGCCCCCAGAAGCGCAGCAACCACCGAGCGGACUCAGCAGCCUCUGACCUCACGGGUGACGAGAGCAGCUGUGCCUCCGUUGGCCUCAUGUCCCCCAGCGGAGGCGCCAUCAUAGAAAGCAUUGCCCUCAACUUCAACUCACCCCCACAAGGCAACCCUAAUGCAAUGGGCUUCAGGUUUCCUAAGACCAAAAAGGCGCUCAUGAAUGAGUGGCUCAAUGAGAAUGUGGACCCUGUGGUGCCGGUCGGGAGUGUGGUUGGGACAGACCUUCCAUCAGGAGUACCCCCCUGCUACAUGAGGUCACCAGCCAUGCCCCUCCGAAGGUCAUCACUAAACCAGACAACCGGCACAGGGGUCAUGCCAGUCCAGGACAUGCCAGGUGGCUCGGCCAAGAAGAGGUGGCUCAGGCAGGCCAUCAGUGAGGAGACUGAGACGCCCCAGUUCAACGGCCUGUGUCCCAGCCCCAACAGCAGGCCAGAUUCUCCUACUGGUGGCGGGGACUACAUCACCCCCCUGAAGAAGAGACGCCUGGCAAGGGAGUCCAUGUCCUCAGAGCUGUCCUCCACUCCGCCCUCCACUCCUGUGCACUCCACCAGCUUGGAGGAGGACAAGAUGGUAGAGGAGAUGGAAGCAGAACUGGCUGAGGAAGACUCCCACAAGACCAAGUCCAACUGCAGGUACAGAGAGGACCACCAGCCCACCAGCCCCUCUGCCCAGGACGACACCACCUGCAUGGGGUUCCUGCGGUCAUCAGCUGACAACAACAGCAACAGCGGCAGGAUGAAGAGAGUCAUGGCACAGGAAGAUGAAGAGGAGGAGGAGGAGGACGAGGAAGACUUGGUGAUCGAUGAGGGCGGAAGUUUUUUUGACCAAGGCAGCGGGGCAGUGAAUUUUGGGAAGGUAGCAACAUGUGGGCGACUUUCCCAAGGGCAGGCAGAGGAGCAGCAGAAAGAGGACAAGGGAAGGGUCAUCACACGUCAAAACCGCAGAGGAAAGAAGGUUUGUUACAAGCCGCAGGAAGAUGAAGAGGAAGGAAACGAGGAGGAGGAGGAGGAGGAGUUAGAAGAAGAAGAAGAAGAAGAAGAAGAAGAAGAAGAAGAAGAAGAAGAAAAGGAAGGCAGCGAGUCAGAAGAAAUGGAGGAUCAUGAGGAGAAGGAGAAGCAAAACAAAGUAGAUAACAAUAGAAGGGAACCCGUCAAGACCACAAGGAGACAAACUGCAGUCAAAAAGUGCAUCAGGUUUCAGCAACAACAGCAACAGACAGCAAAGAAAGGGAAGAAACAGCAAGGAGUGGCAGCAAAAAAGGGCAAACAGGAGACUAAAGCUAAACCAGAUACCAAAAGGAGAAAGCCAGUGAAAAGAGGGAAGGAGGAAGUGCUGUCAGUAAAGGAAGAGGAGGAGGAGGAGGAGGCACCAGCAGAGGCAGAGGAGGAGCAGGAGAAGGAGAAGGAAGAGAAAGAAGAGAAGCCAACAGUAAAGGAAGAAGAGGAGAAGCCUGAGGUGGCAGAGAAAGCACUACAAAGAGUCAAGGAGGAGCCAGGUCAACCAGAAAUUAAAACAGAAGUAACAGAACCCACAACAGAAACAGAUGGCAAAGUUGAACCUGAGAGUGAAAGGCAAGAACAGGAAGUGGUGAAGGAGGAGACAACCAUAAAGAAAGAGAAGCAAGAAGUGGAAGAGGAGGUGGAGGAGGAGGUGGUGGCGGAGAAGAAAGUGCUAGACAUUAAAUCCGAACCUGAUGCGACGACUGUGUGUGAGAGAAUAGACAACACUAAACCUCACCAGGACACCACAGAAACCUCCACCACAGAGAAGAAAAUUGAACCCUCUGAUAACCUCAAGGAAACCGAAAGACCUGACGAUGAUGAUUCAAAACCAGUUGAUAAAAUGGCGAGUGGCAACCAAGACAAACCAGAGAAAGUAGAGGUAAAGGAGGAGGUGAAGGAGGAGGAGGAGGACAUUGAAAGGCCCAGCACAGACAAAGAAGAAGUAACAGAAGCAAAAAAGACCUCGGAAGACAAUCAAGAGUCACUUCCCUCAGCUACUGCCACCCCAGAAGCCUCGCCCAGAGAAGCUAAAGAACCAGUCAGCAGAAAGGCCAAGGAAGUGGAAGAAAUUGAGACAUCCAUUGACGAAGAGGAACCCAAGAAAACGGCGAAGAAAAAAAUACCUGAAAAGGGGAAUAGGAAGGUAAAGAAGCAAUGGAGACAAGUAAAAAAAGCCAACGAAACAAAACAAAAGCGGAAGGGAGUUAAGGAGUCUGCUGAGAUCUCACAUGACGAAGAGGAGGCUGUCAACGAAAGAGAAAGCAGUGUCGAAAACGCCGAGACAGAGAUGGAAGAGGAGACAGACGGCAAACAGAGAGAACAAGCGUCAGAGAGAAGAGAUCUCGGGGAACAGAGCAUCUCCAAGGAGUGCCAAAAGUCUCUCCCCGCCAACAAAAAGGGGAUGGAGGAAGGGAACACCACACAGGAACCAGGUCUUGUAAAGGCAGCUCAGUGUGAUGCAAGAGAGAGAUCCCAAACACCUACCAAAGAGGAUGUAGACAAGACAACCCUCCAUGCCAAGAGUGACGGCAACCCUGUGAUCACCCUUGAGGCAAAAUGGAAGCUGGACACACCCCAGAAGAUUGAUGAACAGACCAUGGAGGUAUCAAGGAAGCCACCCACACCACCCACCCUCUUCCCUCCUCUUCCCUGGCAGACUAACCCGGAAUCCUUCUCUGCAAGUGACCCCCUAAGACCUAAGUCCCCUGAGAAUAGUGGGUACCUUGGGAUGAGAGGGCCUCGCACCCCUGAAGGUCCUGCCCCCACCAGCCCAUCUGACCCCACUAUGUCCCCUCCCUGCUGUUCCCCAAGGUCGCCUCACACCAGUGUAGGGGACUCUGAGGUUAAAGGUGAGGACAGGAGAGCAAGGGAGAGCUCCACUGAGGCAAGCUGGAGGCACAGAACACGAGGACCCUGCACGCCCCCCUCACCACCCCCGCAGGAGCCUAGUCAGGAGGAGGAGCAGCAGCAACACCAGGAAGGCGGUGAGGAGUCCAGCAGCAGCCCUUCCCAACAGCACCCUCCCUCUUACCCAGAAAGCACUCAGACAAGACCUGCACCUGUCAAAAAGAAGCUGUCCAUCUUGGAGUACCGGAAAAGGAAAAGUGUCGGGGGGGAGGCUGGACCCCUUGACUCCUCUCCUCCUCCCUGCCAGCCUGCCAGCCGCACCUCAAGUGGAGACUCCUCUGGGAGUAUCCACGAAUCCUCAUUGCGUGGGGGUCCCCACUCCCCCAGCCAGUCCUCCCCACCUGGACUGACUGGGGGCAGUGGGGAAGAUGGGGAUUCCUCCCCAGACCUUCCACUCUCCCCCAUGGGCCCAAUCCUCCUACCCCCGUCUCCUAUCAGUUUUGACACCAGGAGUGCUGUAGAGGACACCAAGAGAGAAGGGGAGAACUACCGCAGCAGUGUCACGGGGACAGGCGGCAGCAGCGACCUAAACAGACACAGCAUAGUAAACAAGAUAAUGAGUAGCAGUAACAGUAACAACAGCAGUAACACCACCACCGGCAGCAGCAGUAAUAUAUCCAGCAGUUGUGCAGUGACCGAGUCCUCAACUGCUAUUACUGCCACAACCACUUCUACAAGUACCACGGCCGGCCACACCCUCCACCCCAUCAGUGGGGGGAACUCGCAGGAUGUCAGGUGGAAUGCAGCGCCAACACUCCUGGAGCGGCAGAGAGAAAACCUCACGGCCAGGCUCCGGCGAGAGUUUGGCCUCUGUGUGGCAGAUGACGACGACGACAAAUCAAGUGUGCGGCUGGGCUGUUCUGGGGUGCUGAGUCGACCAUCCCCGCCCCUGCUGCCCCCAACAACCCCUAUUUCCACCACCACUUUGAGCCCGCUCCCCACUCGUGUACGCAAACCACUGUCACUGGCUGGGGGUCCAGCCUCUAUGCCGUACGUGACAGAGGGUGAUGAGCGAGGCCACCGCCGCCACAAGAACCUGCCACCGCCACCACUGCCCCCACCACCACCGCCACCACCACCCGCAACCCCACCCAAGAAUUCAAUCUUCCAGGGGCGGGAGGUGACGGUUCAGAAGGUAGCCGGCACUGUGGUUAAGGCAAGUGUUGUUGGGACUGGCCAGCCUGUAGGAGGGACUGCUGGAGGAGGUGCAGUAGUGUCUGGGCCCCAGAGACUUCUGGGAUCAUCAGGGCUUUUCCCAGCUCCCACCACCACCCCUCCUGCGCCUCUUGGCCCCCCUGGUGUUCGGGGAGGACCUUCAUCUCAGGCCACUCCUCCAGCACCUCCUGGCAUUCCUAGUGUGCUGCCUGGAGCAGUCCCCCGGCCCUGCCCGGUACCUCCACCCAUUGGGGUCCCUCCUGUGCCCGCCCUACCAGUGGUUCAGGCAGGCCUGGCCGUCCUUCCAGCUGUUGCCCACGGUUUGCCUGGCUUGCCUCCCUCCAAGCAGCCAGGGCCCUGCAUCACUCCUGCCCUCACGGCCCCACAGCAGAACGCUGAGUACCAAGGUCGCCCCUUCCCUCGAGGCCAGUUCAGUGCCCCAGGCAUGGCAGCACUGACAUCGCCCUUAUCUCUUUACUCAGCAGCACGGCUGGGCCCUCCGCCGCCUCCUCCCCUGCCCCCACAAACAGAUCCAGUGGGCCCCGGCCUGAGGGGUCCCAGCCCACCGGGACACACGGAUUCUGCCAGGGUAGGAGGGGAGGGGGGAACGAGUUACUCUGGGCAGGAUUGCCCCGCACCAGGAACGAGGGGAUCGUGAUGGCGGGUCUUUGGAGCCUCCAGGCCCCUCACAACCUCUGCCCCUGACCCAGUGAUGCUAUCAGGAUAGCUGUGCUCUCUGUGAAGACUCCCACACCUCGUGCAGACCAGCGCGUCGCCUGUGUAUAUUGUUGGAAAGCUUUGUACGUAAUGGAACAUUAUUUUGCUUUCAAUCCGUGCCCUCGUCCAUUCCUUUAUUUCUCUCGGCUUUAAUUUGCUUACCCCUUCCUGUAUCUAUUUGUUUUUGAAAAGUACAAAAUAAUAUUAGGUUCUUUAUCCCUGACAAAAUAAUGGGCUAUUCAAAUGUUUCAUAAGGAAAAGCCCAAGAUGACUGCCAGUCUGCUGUGCUUGUGUGAGUGAGAUUGACCGACUGCUGUCCCUCCCGGAGCCAGGCGCCACCCAGCGCCUGGCCUCCCACCUAACACUUCCGUCUCAAAAGGAAAAAAAGAAAAAAAAAGGAUAAAGCUUUCCAGCACAAUUCCUUCCUUGUGUUGAAUUGUAUGGAAAAUUAACCUUUAUGUUCCACCAGUGGUCAACGGUGACCACCACAAUUAGCAGACAAAUAAGCAAGAUUUAUUAAUUUUUUGUCUAGUGAAUGAGGUGAAAGGAACAAAGCUUCGUCAUUCAAGGACUCACUUGGCUUCUCCAGAUUGUGUUACUGUAUUCUUUUAAUUUACAGUUGAAAGAUGAACAGUGUUGUAUAGUUCCCCUCACCCCCCCCACUACACCAUGACCCCCACACGUUUCCUUUUCUCUGUGACUUUUUGCCAUCAUGUUUAAACUUUUUCCUGCUUUCUCUCUUGGCCCUCUGAUCCAGUGCAGUAAAGUGACCAACCUAUGUGGAGGUUCACCGAAUAUUGAGGUGAACAGAUUAGGUUUUGGCAAGCUAUCUCACUCUUCUGCUCCCUCCUCUCACUUGCUUCUCCUCUUCCUCCCUUUUCCUUCCACUACAUCCACCCUCAUCACCACCACAACCACCACCACCACAACCACAUUCACAACCCCAACCAUCACCUCCACCACACGCCAAGCUGAAAAUUUCACUAAUGUUUUCAUGUAAAAUAUAUGUAAAUUAAGACCUAAUAUAAUAUACUAUAUAUUAUUUUUUGUUAUAUAUUUUUACUUCACGAAAGACUUUUAAAUAAGAAAUUGUACAUUAUUUAUAAAUCUUUGAAAAUCUACCGGAUACAUCGAUGAGCUGGCUGAUGAAUCUCUAGUGUUUGUGGCUUGGAUACCUCUGCCCUGUCUCUCUCUCUCUCUCUUCCUCGCUUUCGCUCUCUUGCUCUUGCUCUCGCUCUCUCGCUCACACUAGCACUUGUUGUAUUUAUGUUAUGUACAUAGAUUGUUGGGAAAAUAUUAUAUUUUUAUUUUCUCUUCUCGCUUUUGCAUACAAACGGACACACUCAUGUUUCUCUGUUGUGACAUUUGAUCAACAUCUUUUACAGGAAAAAAAAUAUGUCCAAUAAGUGUUGUGAGAAAACGAAAGGAAGUUCUAUUACCUGAAAUGAAUUAUUAUUUAUUAUUAUUGUGGAAACAUAUUUUACUCUAUUUUUUCAUUGCCGAUGAUAGUGUGUUGUAGAGUCGAUGUUCUCUUCGUGUUCUCUGUCUUUCUCUCUCUUCUCUGACGCUCCAGGCCCAGCACUCUACUACUACAAGUUUACUUGUUUUCUAUUAAGCAAAAUUUUGUUGGACUCAAGUACAUGUGUAGUUUUGUAAUACUUUUUCAUUAUUUUCCCUGUAACCAGUUUUCUUAUUUUAUUUCUCAGAUUCUGACUUUUUAACUCGACCUAAAUAUUGGUUCAAAGUUUUCGUCUCAGAAGUCUUCGGAUGGGUUCUGGGGUCCCUUGGUUCUUCUUAUUCCUUCUUUAGAACUGUUUUUCCUGCUCCUCCCACAAUAGUACCUGUUUUUUCUUGAUGUUCACGGUUCUAGGACUAAGCAUAACGUAUACAAGAGUUGUCCAGUGCGGGGGGGUGAACCGGGACCCGUGCUGACCUGUUGCCUUUUAUUAUUUUCUUUUUUUCACCAAUUUUCUGCUAGUGGUAGUGGGCGGUAGAGGUGUAGCAUCUACCAGGCGGCGCUGUACCAAGAUUGUACCUGUACCUGGCCCAACAGGCGCCGCUCAGGGGCCCGCGGCAACCCCCCCACCCCCGGCGGACGCUAAAAAGAAAGGCUCACUUAAAUUUAAGAAGAACCUCCCUUACAUGUUUGCGAAUCCUGACACCUAUUGUUGUAUGAGAGUACAACAGGUUAUUUUGUGUACAUAUGCCUAUGUCUUGUACAAAGAAUGGUAGCAUUAAAUGAUUUGGAUAUGAAUAAAUGAUGUCAUUACU